CUAGCCGGAUGGUUAGAAUAAGAACCAAAACUCAACCGAUGAAGACCUUCGCCUCCUUUAUGACCCAAAUUUUCUUUUCUUUACAUCUUAUCCUCUCAUAUUUUCCCACUUAUUUCUCCUCCUCCUCGUAAUCCAACCUCCUACUUUCAACUUCCAAUCCAAUCCAAUGUCUUCCUCCGUUUCUUCCCAACAUGAUCAUGUCCUUUCCCCUUCUUUUUCCCCUUUUUCUGCAGUCUUGGGUUUUUUAUUAUUAUUAUUUUAAGUUCUGUAUUCUAAUGUUUUUCUUCACUCCAAAGAGUUGAUUUUGCAUCCCGAAGAUCGUGUUUUCUAGGAGAUAACCCAUAAAACCUUCCCUAUCCUCUCUCUCUCAUUGCUUCUCCAUAGAGCUUCAAUUAACUUAAAAUCAAUUCCAACUUGCUUUAUUGUCUUUGUUCUAGUAGAAGAAAACUCCUUCGCAAGAAUUCUAACCUUAAACCGGCCUAAGCAGCUGAAUGCCCUUUCAUUUCAGAUGAUUUCUCGGUUACUAGAACUUUUUCUUGCCUACGAGGAGGAUCCUAAUGUCAAGCUGGUAAUGCUGAAGGGAGAAGGAAGAGCAUUUUGUGCCGGUGGAGAUGUUGUAGCUGUUGUACAUGAUAUUUGGGCAGGCGGAUGGAGAGCAGGUGCCAACUUUUUUAUGAAGGAAUUCUCCUUAAACUAUUUGAUGGCGACCUAUAGCAAACCACAGGUUUCAAUUCUUAAUGGAAUCGUUAUGGGAGGUGGGAACGGUGUUUCAAUGCAUGGUAGAUUCCGUGUUGCAACUGAGAACUCGGUUUUUGCAAUGCCUGAAACAGCUUUGGGACUCUUCCCAGAUGUAGGAGCGUCAUAUUUCUUGUCAAGACUCCCAGGAUUUUUCGGAGAAUAUGUCGGUCUUACUGGUGCAAGAUUGGAUGGUGCAGAAAUGCUUGCAUGUGGCCUUGCAACUCACUUUGUCCCUUCAGCUAAAUUACCUAUGGUAGAAGUAGCAUUAUGUGAUGCAGAUUCCAGUGAUCCAGUAAUCAUAUCAUCAAUUAUUGAUCAGUACUGUGAGAAAUCCUCAUUGAAAGAGCAGACUGUGUACAAUCGAUUAGAUGUCAUUGAUAGAUGUUUCUCUCAAAGAACAGUUGAAGAAAUUUUGUCUGCUCUUGAGAGGGAGGUUGUUGACCAAAGGGACGGUUGGAUCUCUGCUACCAUUCAAACACUGAAAAAGGCUUCUCCGACUAGUCUUAAAAUUUCUCUUAGAUCAGUGAAUUGUUUCAGCUUAAAGUUGACUCUGCUCUUACAAUAUCAGAUUAGAGUAGGAAGAGUUCAAGGUGUCGGUGCAUGCCUCACUCGUGAAUAUAGAAUGGUUUGCCAUGUUAUGCGUGGAGAAUUCAGCAACGACUUUUUCGAGGGUUGCAGGGCUAUACUACUGGAUAAAGAUAAGAACCCAAAGUGGGAGCCGUCGAAAUUGGAGCAUAUUGCUGAUACUACAGUAGACAGGUAUUUCUCCAAGGUGAAGGAUGAAGAUUGGGAAGAUCUAAAGCUUCCAACUAGAUCCAAAUUCAACUUGCCACCAUAUGUCAUUGCAAAGCUUUAGAUGACCACUGAGAUCAUCAUGUUAAAGACUAUAGAGCAGAAAGUUGUAAUGUCUGUAAUGAAGCCAAGUCCACUGGGUAUAAAUAUAAAUAUGUAUAUAUAUAUGCAUGUCACUCCUUGAUGAGUAAUAAGUAAGCUGUCCUGUGCAUUUCACUGCCGACAUAACUCUGAAUCCUUAUGAGACCAAUAAAAAUUACCACAAUUGAAUGCUUCUUUUA